GCCCUUCACCACCUCCUGGCCUCCUCCCACUUGUCCUUUGGUCUUCUGUUUUAGAAGUUCUGAUUUUUCCUAGACAGCUAGAGGAAAGUCAGGUACCAAAAGUGGAGGUCUGUUAUUUCAUUCGUUCUGGUGGGACACGGGAGAGGCGAUCACACUUUGUAACUGGCUCUCCAGGAGAGGACCAAUGUAGCCCUGGAAACUUCAGCGCCUGCGUUGGGCUCCAGUGAUUUACCUUCAAGGAAAUUGGGGAUUCAGAAAGUUGGGAGCUCCUGUGAACAUGGCGAACCUACUGAAAACAGCGGUGGCUGGCUGUUCCUGCCCUUUCCUUAGCAGUUUGGGGUCCUGUAAGGUUCUACCUAGGAAGAAGGAUUUUUUACGAACAUUUCAUACACAUCAGGCGCUGUGGUGUAAAGCCCCUGUAAAACCAGGAAUUCCAUAUAAGCAACUGACUAUUGGGGUCCCCAAAGAGAUUUUCCAAAAUGAGAAGCGAGUGGCAUUGUCUCCUGCUGGCGUUCAGGCCUUGGUCAAGCAGGGUUUUAAUACUGUUGUGGAAUCGGGUGCUGGCGAAGCUUCCAAGUUCUCAGAUGAUCACUACAGAGCAGCAGGUGCCCAGAUCCAAGGGGUGAAGGAAGUGCUGGCUUCUGAUUUGGUGGUCAAAGUGCGAGCCCCUAUGCUUAACCCAACGUUAGGUGUUCAUGAAGCUGACCUUUUAAAAACAUCGGGAACACUGAUUAGUUUUAUUUACCCAACCCAAAAUCCAGACUUGCUAAAUAAACUUUCCAAAAGGAAAACUACAGUUCUGGCGAUGGACCAGGUUCCAAGAGUCACAAUUGCUCAGGGAUACGAUGCGCUAAGCUCCAUGGCCAACAUUGCUGGUUACAAGGCUGUUGUACUAGCGGCAAAUCAUUUUGGACGUUUUUUUACUGGUCAGAUCACAGCUGCUGGAAAAGUUCCUCCAGCUAAGAUUCUGAUAGUCGGUGGCGGUGUGGCCGGGCUGGCUUCUGCAGGUGCAGCAAAGUCGAUGGGUGCAAUUGUUCGGGGAUUUGACACAAGGGCCGCAGCUUUGGAGCAGUUCAAGUCUCUGGGUGCUGAGCCCUUAGAGGUGGCCUUGAAGGAAUCUGGUGAGGGACAAGGAGGAUAUGCAAAGGAGAUGUCCAAAGAGUUCAUUGAGGCCGAAAUGAAGCUCUUUGCUCAGCAGUGCAAGGAGGUGGAUAUCCUUAUCAGCACAGCACUUAUUCCAGGUAAAAAAGCUCCCGUUUUGUUUAGUAAAGAAAUGAUCGAGUCCAUGAAGGAAGGUUCCGUUGUUGUGGAUUUAGCUGCUGAGGCUGGCGGAAACUUUGAAACCACCAAGCCAGGAGAACUUUAUGUUCAUAAGGGAAUUACUCACAUAGGCUACACAGACCUUCCCAGCCGAAUGGCCACUCAGGCCAGCACCCUGUAUUCCAACAACAUCACCAAGCUCCUGAAGGCCAUCAGCUCUGACAAAGACAAUUUUUAUUUUGAAGUGAAAGAUGACUUUGACUUUGGUACAAUGGGUCAUGUCAUUAGAGGAACUGUAGUGAUGAAGGAUGGCGAAGUGAUCUUCCCUGCUCCCACGCCGAAAAAUAUUCCUCAAGGUGCCCCAGUAAAACAGAAGACAGUGGCUGAGCUGGAGGCUGAAAAAGCAGCUACGGUCACGCCCUUCAGGAAGACGAUGACAUCAGCUUCUGCAUAUACAGCAGGUCUCACUGGGAUACUGGGUUUGGGCAUUGCGGCUCCCAAUUUAGCCUUUUCCCAGAUGGUGACCACUUUUGGCUUGGCUGGCAUUGUGGGCUACCACACUGUCUGGGGAGUGACCCCCGCUCUCCACUCACCACUGAUGUCUGUGACUAAUGCAAUCUCAGGGUUGACCGCAGUUGGUGGGUUGGUGCUGAUGGGAGGACAUUUGUAUCCUUCCACAACUUCUCAGGGCCUCGCUGCUCUUGCUGCAUUCAUAUCCUCAGUCAACAUUGCAGGUGGCUUUCUGGUGACUCAGAGAAUGCUGGACAUGUUCAAGCGUCCCACCGACCCCCCAGAAUACAAUUACCUGUAUCUGCUCCCUGCUGGUACCUUUGUUGGAGGAUAUUUAGCUGCCCUCUACAGUGGUUAUAACAUUGAACAAAUUGUGUACCUGGGCUCCGGCCUGUGCUGUGUUGGUGCCCUGGCCGGGCUUUCCACCCAGGGAACUGCGCGUCUUGGCAAUGCAUUGGGCAUGAUUGGGGUGGCUGGAGGCCUGGCAGCCACCCUUGGAGGCCUAAAACCGUGCCCAGAAUUGUUAGCUCAGAUGUCUGGAGCAAUGGCUUUGGGCGGUACCAUUGGAUUGACAAUUGCGAAACGCAUCCAGAUUUCUGAUUUACCUCAGUUAGUUGCUGCUUUCCACAGUUUAGUGGGCUUGGCAGCUGUGCUUACGUGCAUAGCUGAGUACAUUGUAGAAUAUCCACAUUUCGCUACGGAUGCAGCAGCUAAUCUUACCAAGACCGUGGCCUACCUCGGUACUUACAUCGGUGGUGUCACGUUUAGUGGUUCUCUUGUUGCCUAUGGAAAAUUGCAGGGUAUCCUGAAAUCCGCCCCUCUGCUGCUCCCUGGGAGGCACGUACUCAAUGCCGGCCUGCUGGCUGCUAGCGUGGGUGGAAUCAUCCCGUUCAUGCUGGACCCCAGCUUCACCACUGGCAUUACCUGUCUGGGCUCUGUGUCAGCUCUCUCUGCUGUCAUGGGUGUGACUUUGACGGCUGCCAUUGGGGGUGCUGACAUGCCCGUGGUCAUCACUGUGCUGAACAGCUAUUCAGGCUGGGCCCUGUGUGCAGAAGGCUUCCUGCUCAACAACAGUCUGCUGACCGUCGUGGGUGCGCUCAUCGGCUCCUCCGGUGCGAUACUGUCCUACAUCAUGUGUGUGGCAAUGAAUCGCUCCCUGGCUAAUGUGAUUCUUGGAGGCUACGGUACCACUUCAACAGCUGGUGGAAAACCCAUGGAAAUUUCUGGCACACAUACAGAAAUCAACCUUGACAAUGCAAUUGAUAUGAUUCGAGAAGCUAAUAGCAUUAUUAUUACUCCAGGCUACGGUCUCUGUGCGGCCAAAGCUCAGUACCCCAUUGCUGAUUUGGUAAAGAUGCUCUCCGAACAGGGCAAAAAAGUCAGGUUUGGAAUUCACCCAGUUGCAGGCCGGAUGCCUGGUCAGCUUAAUGUGCUGCUGGCUGAGGCUGGGGUGCCAUAUGAUAUUGUGUUGGAGAUGGAUGAGAUCAACCAUGAUUUCCCAGACACUGAUUUGGUCCUUGUAAUUGGAGCUAAUGACACUGUUAAUUCAGCGGCUCAAGAAGACCCCAACUCUAUUAUUGCAGGCAUGCCAGUCCUUGAGGUCUGGAAAUCAAAGCAGGUCAUUGUUAUGAAGAGGUCCUUAGGCGUUGGCUAUGCUGCAGUGGACAAUCCAAUCUUCUACAAACCUAACACAGCCAUGCUUCUAGGCGAUGCCAAGAAGACAUGUGACGCCCUGCAGGCGAAAAUUAGAGAAUCCUACCAGAAGUAACACACAGAGUCAAGCUGUUGUCUAACCAAGCCGCCUCUUCACUUGUGGGAACAGGCAAAUAAAUUAUUAACGUAUACAGCUGAUACACAUCUACAUCAGAGCUCUUGAAAGAAAAGGAAGACUCUGAAGAAAGCAAAGCAAAUACAGGGAAAAUUUUCAAGAGCAGCAAUCCGUCAAUUUAAAAAAAAAAGGAUUGACAAGUCUAAAUGUCUUCCUGUGCAUAUUUUUUGUGUUAUGAAUUCCAAAAGUAUUUUACACAAGGAGAAGGAACAGCCUCAUUUUAGAUGUAAUCCGUUUGGAUUUUCCUCAAUAGUCAGCAGUGUUUUAAGAAAUUAAGUCUUUAUGAUUUUUUAGGACUUACAUUAUACAUAGAUUUGAAAAAAUCGGACGCAGUGUAAACAUUACAGCCACCUGCAUUUAUGUUUUUUCAACAAAUGUGACUAAUUUGAAACUUUCAUCAACUCUUGAGCUGUCCCCUUACCAUUUAACCAUAAUCUGAAUUAAGCACAUCAAAUUAGUUUCAAUUUUUCAAACUGUACUUCUGAUUCUAUAUUUCAGGGGUGUAUUUUCUCACUUCUAUUUUAAUACAUUAAAGGACUAGAUAAUCUUUCAGAGAUGCUGGAAACAAAUCAUUUGCUUUGUAUGUUUCAUUAGGACACCAACGAAACGUAUAAUUUGAAAUCAGUAUUAGUUGUAUUUUUUAAACCCCAUUUCCAAUUGGAGGUCUCUCUAAUUUCAAUCAAUUUAUAAUGUGUAGUACUGUAUUAAGUGCACUUGAAUGGAAUUCAACUAUUUGACUAAUAAAAUGAGUUCAUCAUGUUUGCAUAGUGAUGUAGCAAUUGUCUCUGGUGACGAAAGGCUAAAAUCAAGUAAUUCUGCCUGUUAUUAAUAUCUGAGGAAGAUUUUGCUACCAUGAAAUAGAUGAGAUUAAUCUGUCUUAACUGCUUGGAAGAAUAAUUUUUUUCCCAAAUCAGAGUGUGUUUUAAGGUGUUAUGUAAAUGAUAACAUUUGAGAGAAAUGGUGGCACUUUUUAGCUACCUCUUUGUUUAAGCGCCUGUAAAGAUUAUGUCUUUUUAGCACCAGUAAAGAUUAUGUCUUUUGCAGUAAAAGUGUAGAUUUUCUUCGUGACUUUGCCAUUAUGCCAAAAGCUCUGUAUAGGUUGAAUGUGUGAAGAAUAUUUGGAAUAUCUAUCUCUAUAUAUAAUUAAUUUGGCAUUAAGUUUCUUGAAACAAUUAUUAACAUGUAAAAAGUAUCUCUAAAUCAGAAAAAGAAAUAACUGGUGUGAAAUUUUUUACUAUAAUACUCAUGUUUAUUGAGUUUAAAACUCAUAGCAUGUGUUGGUUUGGUAAUCAAUUUCUUUUUUGCUGUGCCUGAGAUUAAGAUCUGUUUGUGUGUGCAUGUGUUUUAAAUCAGGAAAGACUCCUUUUUAAUUUUUAAGUGGUAAAUGCAAUUUGUUAAUGGAUCUCAGGUCAUUUGUAACCUCAAGACUGGAUUAUAUCAUGAAGGUUCUAUUAGAAGAAAGUAAAUAGUAUCUUGAGUCAUGCCCUUUUCCUUUUCUCAGAGUAGUGGUAGGUAUAUCUGGGAAGCAGCAACUUGGAUUUUUUGUUUUUUGAGAUAAUUCCUGCAUUCAAUUUAAAUUAAAAUAAUUAUACUUGGA